AUGUCUUCUUCGUCUUUAUCAUCAUUGAGGGACAACAAUAAGGACGUGCCUUCGCAAACGUAUCAUCAACCAUCCUCACAAAUUGCCAGUUUAAGCUUACCAAUCACUAAUAGAAGUUCUUCUACAGACUUAUCAAUAUCAACUACAACAACCACUACAAUAACAAGGACAACAACAGGAGCAACAGUAUCCAUAAUUGGGAUAGGAACCGAAACUGAAGCAGAAACAAUAAUUGGAACUGGAAUAGGCCUAACAUUACUGCCAUCAUCAUCAUCAGGAUCAUACAUGGAUAUGGACCAAAAGCCACCAGCAUUCCAGAAUUAUGGUACAAGAACAUCUGGACCACCACCACCACAACAACAACAACCACCACCACCACAACCACCACCACCACCACCACCACCACCACCACCACCACCGCCACCACAACCACAAUCUCUUUAUAGUGUUGGUCCAUCAAGUUGCUACAAUCCGCUACAAUCAUCGACUAGUACAGCUGGUAGUAGUCAUGAUUUUACCCGUGGGACCGCUGCGCCAAUGUCUUCAUAUUUUUAUCAGAAUUCAUUUCCAACAUCAGCAUCAGCAGCAGUUGCUGUAGCUGCAGCUGCAACCGUAUCUGGUACACCAUAUGGUACCGGUGCAACCGGUACCGCUCCCCAUUUUAUGUAUCAUCAACAAUCAGCUAGCUCACCGGAAGAGCAUUCCACGAAAAUUAUCGAAGGUGGCGAAGUUAGGAUUAAUGGGAAAGGAAAACGAGUACGAAAACCCCGAACCAUAUAUACUAGUUUACAAUUGCAAGAAUUACAGAAAAGGUUUCAUAAGACGCAAUAUUUGGCGUUACCAGAACGUGCUGAACUUGCUUCCAGGUUGGGACUUACACAAACACAGGUAAAUUUGUUAAGAUUUCAAAACUGA